UUCGUAUAUUCCGGAGGUAAGAUGGCGGCGCUGGUGGUUCGAGCCUCCGGUCGGCUCCUGCUAAAGACGGCCAAGUGUUCCGCGGCUGGCGGGCUGGUUGCGGACAGAUUUGGGAGCUGGAAUAGCUUGCAAGGAGCAAAACGUUAUUUGUUAACAGAAGAUGUUCUGCAAUUACAUAAGUUUCAGGAAAAGAAAUUGGAAAGUGAAUACAAAAUAUAUGGCCAAAAAGAUGAGUUUUUCAGGACUAUUGAAGAAAAGUUAGCAAAUAAUACACUUAUCCUCAAAAAUGAAUUAGUAAAUCUACUAUAUCUGUGCCAAUCCAAAAAUGAAAUAGAGUUAGUCAAAAGAACCAUAUACAGGUAUCAUGAAGAGAACAGAAACAGGGCCUUUGGAGAGUUCAGAUUUGGACCUAUAUUUAUGAGGCUAUGUUAUGAACUAGACCUUGAAGCAGUUGCACUGGAACUCAUCAAAGACCAGACUCUAAAAGGCUUCUUUGGAGAUAACACAUCAUUCAAUAUAUUAAUGAACAUGUUGUUUGAAAAAGGCCAUUAUGAAGAUGCUCUGGAAGUGCUAUUAGAAAUGGACAGGGAAAACGUCAGAUUCAGCCAAGACACCUACUUGCUUGCAUUUGCAAUAUGCUACAAACUGAACAACCCAGAGUCUUGGAAAAUUGUUAAUCAAUUGCUUGAAGAUAAGCAUCUCCAGAGAUAUGAGCUUUCAAGAAGAACACAAUAUUUUGUAGUAGCACUUGCUCUGAAACAGAAUGAUUUUAUAAAGGCCCAUUACUAUUUUUCACAAUUACAACAUACAGAAAGUAUAGUAUAUGAUAAUCUAAAGAUUCUUCUUUUGGCUGCCUUUGGAAAUCUAAAAAAUCUUGUGCAAACACUGGAAAAAGCUUCAAAAAUUGAUACCUCUUUUGUGAGAAAACCUAGCUUCUGCAAGGACGUGUUGACUGCAGCCAGGAAAAAACUUGAAGUCAAUCCACACCUCAUUAUUCAGUUUGAAGAAACCAUCACCAAGUUAAAUGUCUCAGGACAGAUAAAUGAACUGACUCUGGAUGACCUGCUGUGUGAGGUCCCACAUCCAAAAGGGUACAAAAUGCAGCUGUUGAAAGAACUGAAACGGAGUCAACGCACUUUACGGCCACUUCAAUCUUUUCUGCUGACUGAUUGAGUGCACUUUCCCCAUUAGGAAUUCUAUCCCAUAAUACAUCUCCCUUUCUUACAAGAUUUUCAUUUAGUGUGUUUUCUUGGAUGAAUACUGAUGUUCAUAAAUGAUAUGAAUGGUUUUCCUGGUAUAUUGCCAAGAAAAUAAUGUAAAGACCUAACAUAACUUCAAAGUAAGCAUUCUGCAGGAACAGUUAAAACAAUCUGCAGGGAAAAUUAGAGCUUGCCAAGCUCAUCAAGGCCUUUCUUGAUUCCAUAUUUCCAUACUCCUUGGUUCCUGUUGGAGAGGAGAUGGUAUGGAGAAGACAGAAACAACUGUUUUUCCCUUGCUUUGUCCAUCUGAGCAGUUCAUUAAAGGAAAGAACCUCCAUUAGAUAAGCAAACAUAGUGUUGGGCUAGGGAGACCCAGAUUCAGGUCCCCACGUAGCCACAAAUUUCACUGGGCCUUUUGGGCUAUUAACACAUCACAUUCAUCCAUGGUCACUUAAGCACAAUUUUGUUAGUAAACCAAAUUGGCUACAUUCAUUCUGUAUGCCAAGCUAUAAACCACAGUGGCCCAAAGUCACCCAGCCAGCUUUCAUGCCUAAGGGAGGCCUGGAACUCAAAGUCUCCUGGUUUCUAGGGCAGAAUCUUAACCAUUACACCAAACUGGCUCAUGAUAUGACAGUAUGCUAUAAAUCCCAAUUAAUAUGGUUAGUUUAUGGUUCAUUGUGUAGUGGGAGCACAGAUCGUUGCACUGAUUCAGUAAAUCAUGAUUCAGAUAGACAUGAGUUAUUUUGCAUGUAGGCACACAGUUCAUGUGCUUUCAAGCAAACGUUUUGGAACCUUCUGAAAAAAUGAUCUGUAGAAGAUUUGGGAAGCCCUUAUAAAAUGCCUACCAUCUCUGCUCUUCCCUCCAUCUAUUCCCCAAGCCUGCCAAUUUAUAACAGAUUCUUCUGCAGUCCUACAUGAUUUCAAUUUGUCUUGCUGAGUUGGACUGAGAAUCCCUUAGUUUUUAGCAUGUAAACAUUGUUAUUUUCAUGGCAGUAUGUUUACCAGAAUUCAGAAUUGCCCCAGUACUACUAAGGAAACAUUUCAUAAUGUCUUAAUAAGGAAUCAUUUUCUAUGAAAAAGGAUCCUGAACGCUUAAAGAAGCAAGAACUGUGAGGGAUCACAGUUACAGAAGCUAUGCUGCUAGACUGGUAAAUGUAAAAAUAAUACAAAACAUGGAAAUAUCAUUGAAGCUGCAAUCCUAAGCAUACUUAGGUGGAAAUAAGUACUGUUGAAUUAAGGAAGCUGGAGUCAGUCUGAACUCUAUGUGUGAUGUCUGUAUCAGACACAAAUGAACAAGAUUUUGCUAACGUAUGUCUCCCUUAUAUUUGUAUAUAGCAACAAAGAACAUAUCUCUAUGCACCCCUAUCUUCAAGUAUUUUUUUAAACCAACUUUAGACAAAGAAAUAGGAACUGAAUUUUUGAUUUUUCAAUAUCUUGUCAAAAUACUGUAGAACAGACAGUAGAGGGUGCAGUAUUCAUUCUUUGUAAAACAAUCCAUCUGGUUUGAAUGGGAUACAAAUUAUAUUGUACUGGGUACAAUUUUAAAAAUCUGUAUUACCUUCUGUGUUACAAAAUUAGUUACAUAUAAAAUUAUGAAUGCACUGAAAUAUUUCUAAGUGUGAGACCACAUUUUCAGGCCAAGGAUAACUGUAAUGCACAACCUCAUAGGACUUUCUUUUGGACCUACCUCGUCACCUGCAAGCUGGGGAACAAGAGCUGGACUUAACCCCAACUUUCUACUUUUAAGAGAGAAUGAAGACUUUCCUUUUUACCCAGGCCUGGAUUAUUUUUAUUUGAACUGCAGUUUUAACUGGGUUAAAUGUAUUAUAUACUUAUUAGUAUUAAUCUGUUAGCCGCCUUGAGCAAUUUAGAGAUAAAACAUGAAGAGUACUCAUAGAAAUAAUGCAAUAAAGGAAUAGGCCUUGCAUUGUCCCAUGCUUAUCAAGCAUCCACCAGUUAUUUAUUCUGCUUAAGACAUCAAUGUUUCACUAGGCCCUUCUUGAACAUGCUUCUCCAGACCCUUCUUUUCCUCCAAAACAAAGAGAACAACACUAACACUGCUGUAGAAGAAAGGUAAAAACAUACCUCAGUUAUUUGUUCAUCCAUUCAACUUGUGGAAUCCUGUGGCACCCUUGGUGGUUGUAUAUAAAACAUCCACAGUAAGAAAUAGAUCAGCCAUAAGAAAAGCAUACGUACAGUCAUUCAGAGUAAAUUGUGCCAGUCACUCUACAAAUGCUCUACCAAACAGUUUGAGCAUCUCCCUAAAAGGAACCAAGCAGGGCGGGGGGUCAAGCCUGCUCUCAGCCAGGACACUAUUCCAAAGAGUAAGUGCUGCUAUGAAAAAGUAGUACCUCUGCAAUUCUUCCCUGUUCACUAGUGUUGAUUAUGGCAGAACUAGAUGGCCUGGAGAUAUUCAGGUGCCAAACCAUAGAGGCCUUUCUAGUUCAAAACUCAUGUUUUCAAUUGCAACUGGAAGGGAGCCAACUUCUGCCAAUGGGUUUUCAUGGUAGUCAUGCAGAAGUGAUUUGUCACUUCUUGCCUUGGAGAUGUUUUUCUGCUUCCCAGCCUAACCUACAGUGCUGCAUUUUCUAGGUAACCUCUCCAAGUAUUCCCAGAUCCAAAUCUGGCUAUCUUCUGUUGUUAGCUAGGCAAGAAACUAUAAAUGGGAUCUUUAAAACUCCAGUUCCAGCUGUACUUAUUAGGUAGUCAGCUGGAUGUAAUUCAGUUGAAUUCAAGCAGAAGUUUAGAGCAAAGGGUUCCUUCUCUGCUGUUUUAGUAUUACUAAUUCUUGCAAUAAGGCUAGGGAACCUGUGGCUCUUUAUCUGUGGCUGAGCCACAAGGAGCAGCCACUUCAACCAGCCGAGGCAUGCUGGAAGUUACUCAGCAGCAUCUAAUGCACCAUGGAUUCUUCACUCCUGAUGUUAGGAAAGUUGUCUAUGUAUAGCUAAACACAUUGUGCAAAGCAAGACAAAUACAAUUUAUUCUGUAAACCAUGAUUAAACGAUGGCUUAGUGUGUUGCAUAAUCCUACUGCC